AUGCACGCCCAUUCGCCAUCUCAGUCGUACCGCAUCCCGGUCUCGGCCUCGCCCCACCACCCGUCGUCGUCGUCGUCGUCGAGCCUCCUGCGCUCGUCCACCACCGCCGGCUCCCCGUCCUCGAGCUCGAGGGACUACCUCUCGCGACCACGCGCCAGGAGGUCCAGCAGCGGCCAUCGCCCCAACCAGUCGCCCCUCCGCAGCGCCUACGACCAUGCCGCGACCUGGCUCACGGCCCGCGUCGUCGGCAGGACUGGCCUCCGCCGCUGGAUGCUCGUCGUCGCUCUCGGCCUCGGCGCCGCCCUGUACCUCACCCGGUCUGGCGCCGCAACAGCAGCCUGGAGCCCGCGCAAAGGUGCCGCCGACCGUCGUGUCGCCCUCUCGCCCGAGGGCGUCCCCGUCGUCGACCGCUCGACCCUCGACAAGCUGCGCCUCCUCGAAAUCCACCUCGGCGCAGACGAGGACGACCCGGCCAUCGACCCCGUCGACGAGCACCGCGACGUGCGCUACACGGCCCGCAAACGGCCCGGCGGCACUCACGACCUCGACCGCCCGCCGCUCGUGGUCGACAUCCCCGACUACGUCAAGCCCGACCCGUCGGCCCCGCCCAACCCGGACAAGGUCCCCGCCGACGUCCUCGACUACGACGUGUGCGGCGCCACCGACGGCCGCCCGUGCCAGUUCCUCAUCCCCGCCUGGCUCGGCGAGCAAGAGACCAAGGCGCAGCAACACUUGUACCAGCUCGGCCUCCUCGCGCUCGCCCUCAACCGCACCCUCGUCCUCCCCAACGUGUCCAAGUCGCGCCUCGGCACCUGUUACCGCAACCCGUUCGCCUUCUACUACAGCGAGGCGUCCCUGUCCGACCUCGGGAUCCGCACCAUCUCGCAGGCCGACUUUGUCGUGUGGACGAUCCGCCGCGACCGCCAGCCGUCGGCCCAGGUCGUCACCAUGGCCAACGCCAAGGCGGGCUACCCGCAAGGCGCCGUCGAGAUCGACUCGGCGUCCGAUCCGGCCCUCGUCCCGUCCAAGCCGACCCGCAACCUGUGCCUGCGCGCGCCGAGGACCCGCCUCGACUUUGCCGGCCACUCGCCGCUCGCCAUGUACCCGCCCGAGGGCUACCACAAGUCCGAGGCGGGCCGGCUCGGGUUCGGCGAGAGCGUCAUCAACACGCUCAGGUCGCACGAGGUCGGGUCGAGGUCGUCCCGCGCGUCGUCGUCGCGCCUCGCCGCGUUCGCCCUCCCCGACGUCCUCGCGUUCAACUACGAGCUGCGGUUCCCGAUCCUGUCGCCGGCCGUUGCCGCCAACCUGGCACCGUCGUCGUCGUCGUCGUCCGACGGCGUGGCCCUGGUUCAAGAGCCGCUCCCGUUCGCCCACUUCCCGUACGCCGAGACAUGGACAUCGCUCGCCGACGUCGUCGCGUCGCGCCUGUCGCCGUUCGUCGCCAUCCACUGGCGCACCGAGACGUUGCCGCCGGCCAACCUCGCGCCGUGCGCCUCGUCGCUCCUCGCCAAGCUCGCCGCCCUCAAGCGCGAGCACCCGUCGCUGCGCCACGUCUACCUCGCGACCGACUACCCGAUCGAGCAGCUCGACCCGCAGCUCGCGCCGAGCGUCGACCCGGGCACCGAGGUGGCGCACAGCGGCACGUUUGCCAAGUCGGUCACCGAGCAGCACCACGUCGCCAUGCGCCGCUUCCUGCGCGACUUUAAGCGCACGUUCGCGCCCGGUCGAGGGCGCGCCGCAGGGCCGCCGCUCGAGUUGACGACGUUUUCGAAGGAGCAGGCGGCCCUCGCGCAAGGCGACGACGGUGCCAGCCUUCCUCCUCGACUCGCCGCCCAGCUCGCCAACCUCACCUCGCCGACCCUCUCUCCCGCCACCUCCUCCUCCACCGGCGCCCUCGACGACGACCCCGUAUCCGUCUCGGCACGAGCGCAGGCCACUCUGCGCUCGCUCGGCACGCUCGACUCGGGCCUGUACGGCAUCCUCGACAAGCUCGUCGCCGCCCAGGCCGAGCUGUUCGUCACGGGCGUGCCCGGCGCGGGCUCGUCGACGGCGGGCGCAUGCGCCAAGCUGAGCAGCUUCACGACGCAGCUCGUCGGCGCGAGGGAGGUCUUGUGGGACGAGCAGGGCGGCGCGACUCGAGGAGGAGGAGGUGAGGGUCCGAGCGGGGACGAGGGCGAAGGAGCGAGGGCCGGCGAGCAGGGAGUGCUCGUGCCCGGCAGGCUGUGGAACACGGUCGCCCACUUCUCCCUCUCGGGGAAGGAGGUCGACUGAGCUUGCGGCGU